AUGGCCUCUGCAAGGAAGGUAACUGAGAAGCGGCAUAACCCAGUAGAAAGCAUUUGUAGAAAGAUCCGAGCUAUCCACAAGAGAGAAGCAAUUUCGAAUCCAAUUCAGCAGAUUAUCAAAUACCAAUCUAGCAGUUUUGAUAGCCCACAGACCAACACCAAGAAGGAUUUUGAAGAGAUACUGAGGAAAAUGACUGCUGCUUGCGUUCUUACGCCUGACUCUCAUUGGUCAAGUUCUGAGGAAGUCGAUGCCUUCAUUUCACCUCCUCAAAGAAUGUCUCCAAGAACCCCAUCCACUUCUCACCUCAGCUCUCCUGAGACAGCAACAUACUCUGUUAUUCUCACAAGUUCCGACAACGCCUCAAAGCCGAAGUCACAGAGCAACAAGAAUUGCACAUCUUUGAUGUCCCAGAUCAGAAAAGGGGAGUUUUUCUUUAACAAGGAUUUGAAUAACUAUUGUAGUGAAAAUAAUUUCAGUACCUUAACACUUGACUUUAAUUCCACCUUUGGUCAAAGUUCGAAGUGUUUUGAUCCUCAGGAUUCAGUGGUAAAAAAUUUCUCUCUGAAUGAAGAUGAAUGGAAACAAGGAGCUGAUCAUGGUAAAGAAGAUGUAACAUACAGCAUCAACAGAGCCUGUGAAGAAGAGGCACUCACAAGUAUUUCUAAUGCAUGUAACAGAAAACAGAAAGGCUCAGUAGGAGUGGACAAAAUAAUCAAUUUACUGAGACAAACAACUAGCCAAAAUUCUGAAGACAGUAGCCUUGAGCAGUUGUGGAACAUGCUUGAUCCUGAGAAGAGAGACCCACAUGUGGACCCGGAAAUUUUCCAGGCCAUGAUGAAAGAAUGGAUGGCUUACUGUGGAAACAAAGGGAAUGGAGUGAAUCAUAGAUUAAGCAGCACCAUUGAUGAUUCUGUUUUUGAACAGGAUGGCGUAAUAUCAGACGGAACAAUGAAGGUGAGCACAGAUGUAACAGAUUCUACAUCGGGGAGUUUUGAGGCUUUUGGUGGAGAUACAUCUAAAGGAGUCUUAGAGAUGUCUGAUUUGAUUGCCUAUGUAGCAGACCUCCAAUUCAACAAGCAGAAACUGGAAGAGGAAAAUAAUAAGUUUAAAUUGGCUUUAGAAACCUUGGAAGAAACGAACAGCCAGUUAUCAGAGGACUGUACCGAACUGCACCGUCAGGUAAAAAGUGCCCACCAGGCUAUUAUGAGAACAAAUCUGUUAAAAGAAGAACUGGAGGAACUGAAACUUAGUGUGAAUGCUUCAGAAGAGCAGAAGUGCAUGAUCGUAGCCCAGAGCAAACAAUUAGAGACAGAAAACCGGGCUCUGAUUCUUAAGAUCCGUAUUCUGCAGGAAGAGAAUAUAAAGAACAUCAUGGAUAUAGACAGAUUGGAAAAGAAGAUUGAGGAGUUGUCUAAAACUGAGACAGAGCACCAAAAAGGCUUAUAUAUAGAAGAACUUAAAUCAACCAUCAUAGAAUAUGGAAGCAUUAUAGAGAAUUUACAAGGAGAUAAAAGUAAACUGGCUCAUGACUUACAGCAUUUGCAACAGGACCUCAUCAGAAAUGGGAUCCAGUUGAAUGUUAAUGGAGAGCGUAAUAGUAUCAUCUCUGAAGGAGACAAGUCUUUACAUUAUGAACUCACUCUUGCUCAGUCUGCAGAGAACAAUGAAACUGAAAGGCAGCACAAUGUAAUCAACUUGUCAUCUCUGGAUGCCAUGGUGGAUCAAGAAAUGCUGCUGUUACUAAGAGAGCCUGAGCAAAAUGGAGUGGAAUUCAUAGCCACACUUCAGAAGCUGCAUGAAGAAAUUUCUAAAAUUGCAACCCUCAUUGAAAGCUCUCGACAGUGGGUAACUAAUCCAGAAAUUACUGUGAACGAAAAGUGGGAGGAACAGCUUACUGAAUUCAAGCAUAUCAUGGAAGAGAAACUAAGUCUUUGUAUUUUAAUGCUGAACAUCUUGGGAAACCACAAAGAAUCUCUUGAUAAAGAAUUUGACAAGUUAAUAAAGAUUUUGAAGAGAUUCAGGCAGGAAUAUUUUUAUUUCAGAAAAGAAUUUCUUGCCAGUCAGAAACAACUAGAAGCCAUUAAACAACUGCAAGAAGAUGCUGUCAACCAGGAAGGCAUCCUUAGAAAGAGGCUCCAAGAAGCCAGCCAAUGGCUGGAGGAUGCAGAGGAGCAGGUAGGGUGGCUCAUGGCUACAUUAGAUUCAGGGGAUGUCUCCUCAGAUGUCCUGAAAACCAUGAAAUGAAAAUGCAGGAGGAACAGCAGCAACAAACAACAACAACAACAAAAAAGCAAAGAGGAACUGCAAGUUCAGUCCCUAGCGACUAGCAGUGAGCAGAGGAAGUAAAGGGGGAGUUGUAAGAGAGGCAGUGUCAACAGCCUGCUGAUGAAAGAGGCGACUCUGCAGAAAGAGGCAACUUGACAUAUCAGGACUUUAACUGCUGUAGAAAUAGCUCAGGCAUACCAACCCCAUGCAAACACAGAAUUGCAGAAGUUCAGGAGAGGCUUAUCACUUCCCUGAGAAGAAAAACACAUUUUCAGUUUUGCCUGCAUCUUAAGAGUGAGCACUCAAUUGUUUUCUUUCCUGGCCACACUGCUAGAAUCCAGUAUUAACUAUCCAUAUCCAGGUUAAGGAUCGAGAUCGAGAAGCCCACUGUGCCAGUGAAAAAGCUGCGUCUUUACGGCAUAAAUUAGAGGAAGCAAUUUGGGAACCACGGAACCUUCAAACUAUAAAUACUGAGUUAUCGAACCCUUGCCAGGCACUUCAGCAGAAGACAAGGAAACUGAAAAGUGAGUAGCAAAUAUUCAUUUAUGCUCCAGUUUUUGUCCACCCUGAGGCGGGGCAUAGGACUACAGACAUUUUUCUAGAUUGCAGCUAGGAUAUUAUUCAUGAAUUUAUGGCAAUGAAAUGGUUUGAGAAGGCAGUAUUGUGGGGCUUUAAGAGAGGUUUGCUGAGUAGCUAGGUACAUGCAUGGGUUUAACCAUUAACUUCCCUUUUUGCUUUAUUAUGAGCUGGUUUUGUCUAUGGCUGUUUUUUCUUUUAAAAUUAAACUUCUCAAUAUUUCUAAAAGUAAACAAGGAGAAAAAUCAAGUAUGCAUGGUAUAUUUGAACUUUCAAGUUGUUAUACAGUAUACUCUGAUUUUAUUAGCUAAUUUUUUCCUCUCAUAUGGUAGAAAGGCCUUGCCCCUCUAUUUUCUUUGAUAAUUUUAGGGGACUAGGCAAAAUAAUUAUGAAUUCAAUGUAUAUCAAAGUACUGAACAUGUGUGAACAUUCUUUUAAAAUUUUAAUGCAUUCUUUACAUAUUUUGCAUUUUAAAAAUUGGAAUAUUUGUCAUUUUUCUGUAUUACCCAAAAGUGUAUAAGCAUUUACCAGGGAUUUAUGUGAGAAGACAAUUGUCACAUUACAGAUGUCAGAUUAGCUAUAAAAUUGUUUCCUUCUAGAAACAUAGUAUGGUAAAAAUAAACCUUCCUUACUUUAGCCAUUUAUCAGACAAUUGCUUUUGUUUGGCCAGUUUCUUGUUGCAGCAGAAUAAAUGUUCUUUUUAUAGAAAGUUAUUUGGUUUGAGUAAUAACAACUAAAUAUAAGCUUAAGGUAGGCUAGAGAUUAAAAAUUUCAGACUUGUAUUUGUUUUGGAUUUAUUAUACGCUUUCUAUUAUCUGAGAAAGCUAUUUAGGAAUUUAAGAAACAGUCUAGUUUUAAAAUAGCAAUGGUUUGCCAGGCAUGAUGGCUCACCCCUAUAAUCCCAGCAUUUUGAGAGGCCGAGGUGGGCAGAUUGCUUGAGCUCAGGAGUUUGAGACUAGCCUGGUCAACAUGGCGAAACCCCAUCUCUACAAAAAGUACAAAUAAAUAAAAGAAUAGCAAUGGUUAUUUAACAUAUUGUGGUUAUAAUUUUUAAACCUGUAUGAAUUUGCCAGUUUUUAUAAUUCUAAAUAUUUAUUUUGAUUCACUCUUUAUGCUAGUAAGGCAGCCUUUAAAUUACAUAGUCUGUGUGUAAUUUUUACUGCUGCUCAGAGGGCACUGGAGGGUGUUGCCUGGUGAUUAGAAUAUACAUGUCAAGACACGAAUCACAAGGCAUUCCAAAGUUGUUUUAAGGUGUGUCUGCUUUAGACACUGUGCUCAGGACUAUUCUUUUGCUCCAGUUUUGCCUUUUGAUUAAAUCAAUGUUAUACCUAAGUUUUAUAAACUGCUAGGAAUUUGUUCCCCUUCCUCACUCUGAUUUUCUUGCAGUAUUUUCUUAGAAGAGUCAACUUUUAUAACUUAUCCCAAAGUGUACAUUCUUAAAAUUAUGAACUUGCUAUUGUUGUCUUCCCAGUUUAUCUUAGGGCAUAAUAGGUCCAAAUGUACUUAAAAGCAGAAUUAUGAAAGCUGCCCUGAGUUGAUACAUGUUUUUUUUUUUUCU